AUCUAUAAUCUAUAUGAUCUUCUAGAUCUAGAAUAUAAUAAAUUUAGUCAUGAGUGGCAAGUGACAUGAAGAUGAGUGUGUUUGUGAAAUUUAUUUAAUGAUUACAUUUAUUCAACCAUAACUGGCAUAACAGUGCAAAUAUGCAUAACAAUACCAUUAACAUUAAAGUAAUAUUAUUAUUAGUUCUAGAUCUAGAUCUAUAUUAAUAUUAAUAGAUCUACUUAGUCAAAUCUAAGUUAGUUAAUCCAACAUCUAGAUCUAGUUUACGUAAUUUAGUCUAUUAGAAUAGCCUACUUGGAGUUAGACUUGUAGAGUCUAGGUAUAGAAUAUAGAUGGAAUCAACAAGUCACAUUUAUUCACAAUGAAAUCAAUGGAAAGCAGGGGUUAAUGAUUGGUUGUGUCAAAAAAGAAUAAUUAAAUCUAUUAUGUCAGUGAAUUGUAGACAACUGUUGUGGGGUUUUGUUCUUUUUCUAGUGGUAUUAAUGUAUGGCUGCUAUGGUGUAUUAAUAGACCUGUGUAAAGUAGAUGGAGAAAUUCCAUUUCUUACAGCAUCAUCAGUAUUGUUGACAGAAAUUUUAAAGCUGUUCAUUUGUCUCUUGGUCUUGUUAGCUCAAUACAAAGUACAUCUACUCCCUUUGUUAACAUGGAAGGUAGUUCUUCCCUUUUCUUUGCCUGCACUAUGUUAUGCUGUGAACAACAAUCUGGCAGUAUUCAUGCAGACACAGAUGGAUCCAGCUACAUAUAUGAUUCUUGGUAAUUUAAAAAUUGUGACAACAGCUAUUCUGUAUAAAAUCAUUAUCAACAAAAAAUUCAGUGACAUCCAGUGGCUGGCUAUCUGUUUACUGACUAUUGGUGGAAUCAUAAACAGUAUUGCUGCCCUUAAAGGCAAAACUCUAGCACUUUCAGAAAUUCAUACAACAUUCCUUGGCUUGGCUAUACUUCUUUGUUACUGCUUUAUCUCUGGCUUUGCUGGUGUUUAUACUGAAUAUAUCCUGAAGAAAAACUUAGAGUUGUCUGUGUUUUAUCAAAAUGUACUACUCUACACGUUUGGGGUCAUGUUUAAUCUUAUUUGUUGGCUUGUUCAAGCUUAUCAGAAAUAUGUUUCAACCAAUCAAAAUUACUUUGACAUCUUUCACGGGUACUCACUCUACACAUGGACUGUUAUUAUAACACAGGCUAUGACUGGCAUUUUAUUUUCCCUUAUCAUGAAAUACAACAGUAACAUUGUUCGACUGUUUAUUAUUGCUGCAGCUCCAUUUGUGACAACAGCUCUGUCUUAUUACCUGUUUGACUUACACAUACACAGCGAGUUUGUUAUCUCAGCAUUCUUCAUUUUAAUUGCAGCACUCAUCUACAAUUAUAAUCCAACUUGAUAACCAAAGUUGAUGUGUCUGUUGUUUAUUAAAAAUGAUUCUUAAAAUUAUAUGACAACUAUUACAUCUGCAUUUAGUUUCAGUGCAUUUGUUAUAAAAGCAAAUAAUUUCUUGAGUUGUGUGCGACCCACUACUUCAUUUUCUAGUCCUAAUUACUUUUAGAUUUUGUGUGUGUAGUCUUGUGUAGUUUUAAAUGCUUAGGAUGUGUAUAUGUAUAUAUCCUUGAGUUUUUUAAUGGUGUUGGAUUCUGAGUUGGGUCAUAGCUUUACUAUCAGAUAUAUUUAAUGUGCAAAUUAUUUGUAAGUUAUGUUUAUGACAAUAAACAGGCAGUUGUAGAAUGAUUGACAAAUAGAAACGAUGAAUAUGAAAUUCAUUCCCAUAGUUUCAUUCAUAUAUUAAAUUAACCUCUGGUAAUAUUGUAUUAGAUAUACCAAAAAUUAUUAUUUAAGAUGCCACAGAUAUAAUGAGAUUUGAAAAUUACUUUUUAUAAUUAUUCAUUUUUGUAUUUUUUUGAAAAAUGUAAAAUAAAAAGUUUUGAAGGAGAGAAGCUGCAAAUAAUUUGAUUUAGUUGAAAAGUUGCUAUUAAUUGUUAAUCAAACAAUUUUAAGUAUUUCUAUGAGAUUUAUUUCUAAGUAAAAGUGUAUCACAAAUUGUAAUGAUCAUUUUCGGUCUUCUACUUUUUCUUUUCACUACUGCUCUAACAUUGAGAAGUGUGGAUUGGGUUAAAA